AAAAAAAAAAAAAUUCAAAAUAGAAGGGCAAGGUUGAUAUUUACUUGGCCCGGAUCUGAAUUUUCAAAAAGUCAGUUUUCUUAAUUAAAAAUUAAAGAAAUAAAACUCAGUUUUCGUUUCAUCUGAUCAUUCUAACUCAAAAGUUUCAUCCUUUCAAACGAACCGUCGUGAUUCGAACCAUCAACGACGGCCAUCUGGUCCAGGUCUGGAGGCUGACGUCUACCUUCGGCUGCCUUCUGACGGUGACAAAUCCCUUCGCCUGCGCUUGGCGAUUCUACAGAACACGUAAUUGUAUAUCCCUGUUACGGCAGCAAAAGACACUUUGUUGCAUUAGACUUGUCCAACCAAAUUAAGGCCAAGUAUAAACUGGCUGAUAUACAUAUACCAGCUGCGGUGGACUGGUUAUGGAGAAUUUGAGGGAGGAUUUGUUGGUGGAGAUAUUGGUUAGAACAUCGGAGAAAGAUUUGGUGAGAUGUAAGUGCGUGUGCAAGUUAUGGCACCGCAUAAUUUCAAAAGAAGCAAAUUUGUUGCUGAGGAGGUUUUGGCCUAAUUCCCCCAUUUCUGGUAUCUACUUCCGGACUCUGUUGCUGCCCAAACGUUCUCAAUUCACCCGACCAUGUUGUAGUCGUUCUGAAAGACUGUCAUACAUUGAUUUUCUUAUUCAGUUUUCCGAUGUCACCGAUAUCAAUUUCGUAUCUUUGGCUCCUGAAACAGAGCCAGAGCGAAUUCAGCCGUCUUGGAUUCUCAUCGACUACUGCAAUGGCUUAGAGCUUCUGUUCGACUCAAGCUUUUGGCAAUACGUUGUUUUCAAUCCCACCACAAAACAACAAUCCUACAUUCCUAAAGCAUUUGAACACUCCAAAAAGUUUCACUUUUUGGUAGCUUUAGCUUUUGAUCCUAUAGAAUCCCUUCAUUACAGAGUCGUUCGGAUGAGUGAUGCCAAGCCCAUAGGCAAAUAUGAACAAAUUGGUCCCAAUGCCUCACUUGUUCUAGACGUGUUUUCUUCUGAAACUGGACACUGGGUUCGACAUCGUCUUCAACUGGGUACCAUUUUCACACGUAAUUCCGUGUUGUUUUGGAGGCAUUUCACUUACAUCCGUGGAGUGUUGUAUUGGAUGGUAAGCUCAUCCAAUAUUUUGUGCAUUGACUUUAAUAAUCUUGCCAAAACGCCUACCCGUCUCCUUCACGUCCCUUAUCGGGAGAAAGCUGUAUUAUCUCGUGUGAAUAAUUCAGAGUCAGAGGUUAACUCCGCUGAUAUGUGUAAAAUUGGAUGUCUUGGGGUGUCAAUGAACCACCUUUAUCAUUGUAGACGUAUAAGUAAGUUGGGUGCUUUCUGUGUUUGGUUUUAUGUUGAUGAUGGCAAUAGCAAUGGCCCUGGCGAAUGGGUUCUCAAAUUUAGUGUUUCCUACCGUUAUCUGCAAGACAUUAUUUUCGAUUAUCUUUCACUUCGCCGUAAAAUAUGGAUUGAACCCAUUGCUGUUAGCCCAACUGCUGAUGUCUUGUUCAUUGGAACUAAAGACUGGAUCUUAAGCUAUCAUUUUGAAAGCAAAAAACUUCAAUUGGUGUAUGGCGGAGCACCUAAUAGAGGUGUUGAUUGCUAUUUCUUCCCUCUCUCUAUGUUGCGCAAGUGCACUUGCCUAGUACAAUUUUAUAAGUUGGGCGAGGGGACUGCUGUAUCUACUCCACUGAAUCUAGUUGUGCUGAAAGAUUAUUUCGCUCUUUUAACUAAGCUUUGGUUGGGGAAGUUUGCUAUUGCUGUGGUGUUAAGAGGCCAAAAUAUAGGUGCCUAGUGAGGAUUUAAAGGGAAAUGGUGUUCGCUUGUGCUGGGGACGGUAAAAGGAAUAGCUGGGAGUUGUUGUCAUGUUUUGUUAUCGGUUAUAAUAGUUGAAUUUACUUUGGUGCGGUUAUUAUCAAAACUCUUUGCUUAAUUGUUUUUCUGUGGAUAGGACAAACUUAGCUUUUGCUAUGAAUUCUUAUCCAGAGGAAGUAUUUAAUUUCAGAAUUGGUAAAUUUUUACCUGGUUUAUCCUUUUGACUUAGAGGAUUUGUGUAAGAGGAUAAUGGAGAGUCUGGAGACUAGAGCUUGCUGUAAAGUUUUACGUUGUGUGGAAGAAAAAGAGAUAAAAAAAAUAGUAUCAAAAUAUGUCCAGUUGUGCAAUAAUAUUUCAUUUGAAUC